GGUGGGACUGGGGCCCCUACAAAGAUCUUGGAAAAGAUCUUGAGGCAGCGAGCGUCUCAUCGAUCGGCUGCUGUCGUUGCAGCGUUAGUAUUUGAGCAGAGCUCGCGCCUGCUCCUGUUCUAUAGAUCCAAUUUCAUAAGUCGACGAGAAAGGCAGAAGGCGAGAAGCGGCAGGCAGCGAGCGCGAGCGCCAGAGCUCUUGCUCCCCUCGCUCAUCGCUCGCAUUGCCGCAUUUUGUGAGUGUCGGACUGAUCACUCAGUCCGUCACUGCAAACGCGAGCGAGCGAGAGUGCGAGUGAGCGAGCGAGCGAGCGAGAGCCGCGGUGUGUCUGUGAGAUCCAAUCCUUUUUCUGCUUUGCGCGCUGUGGGGCGCGAUGGCCUCGUCCACCACCACCGCCGUGAAGCAAUCUUCGGGUGGGCUGUGGUCGAAAUGGGGCACCGGCAGCAACUUGAGCUUCGUGUCGCGCAAGGAGCAGCAGCAGCAGCAGCAGCAGAGCUCUCCCGAGGCGUCGACUCCCGCGGCGCAGCAGGAGAAAUCCAUCAGUAGAGAAUCCAUCCCCGAGGGCUUCUUGACCGUGGAGGAGGUGUCGAAGCACGACAAUCCGAGCGACUGCUGGAUCGUCAUCAACGACAAGGUGUACGACGUGAGCGCAUUCGGGAAGACGCAUCCGGGCGGCCCUGUGAUCUUCACGCAGGCCGGCCGCGACGCCACGGAUUCUUUCAAGGUUUUCCACUCCGCCAAGGCGUGGCAGUUUCUCCAGGACCUGUACAUCGGAGAUCUGUACAAUGCCGAGCCAGUGUCGGAGCUGGUGAAGGAUUACCGAGACCUGAGGACGGCGUUCAUGCGUUCUCAGCUAUUCAAGAGCAGUAAAAUGUACUACGUGACCAAGUGCGUCACAAAUUUUGCAAUUCUUGCCGCCAGUCUCGCAGUCAUCGCGUGGAGCCAGACGUAUCUGGCGGUUUUGUGCUCCAGUUUCCUGUUGGCUCUCUUCUGGCAGCAAUGUGGAUGGUUAUCGCACGAUUUUCUCCACCACCAGGUGACCGAGAACCGAUCGCUCAACACGUACUUCGGCGGCCUGUUCUGGGGUAACUUCGCCCAGGGCUACAGCGUGGGAUGGUGGAAGACCAAGCACAAUGUGCACCACGCGGCCACGAACGAAUGCGACGACAAGUAUCAGCCCAUCGAUCCCGACAUCGACACCGUGCCCCUGCUCGCCUGGAGCAAGGAAAUCUUGGCCACCGUCGACGACCAAUUCUUCCGAUCGAUCAUCAGCGUGCAGCACCUUCUGUUCUUCCCGCUCCUCUUCUUGGCAAGAUUCAGCUGGCUGCAUUCGAGUUGGGCCCACGCCAGCAACUUCGAGAUGCCUCGGUACAUGAGAUGGGCGGAGAAGGCCUCGCUCCUCGGGCACUACGGCGCCUCAAUCGGCGCCGCCUUCUACAUUUUGCCCAUCCCCCAGGCCAUCUGCUGGCUCUUCUUGUCGCAACUGUUUUGCGGCGCUCUGCUCAGCAUUGUCUUCGUGAUCAGCCACAAUGGCAUGGAUGUGUACAACGACCCCCGGGACUUCGUGACGGCCCAAGUCACCUCGACCAGAAACAUCGAAGGCAACUUCUUCAACGACUGGUUCACCGGAGGCCUGAACAGGCAGAUUGAGCACCAUCUGUUUCCGUCUCUUCCGAGGCACAACCUCGCCAAGGUCGCGCCACACGUCAAGGCGCUCUGCGCCAAGCACGGUUUGCAUUACGAAGAAUUGAGUCUGGGCACGGGAGUCUGUCGUGUCUUCAAUCGGCUAGUAGAGGUAGCAUACGCUGCGAAAGUAUAGAUCGACGAGAGUUUCCCACCAACACAGUUAGAACAAGGGAAUAGUACGAGAGAAGGAGACAGCAACCUGGACUUUUUGUUCCUGAUGUUGCAUACUUUCUCGAAUAUACGUCUCCACGCCUUCAAGUUUCAGCUUCAACUGAUUGUCUUCAGUAACCAUCGCUUGCUCCAACUGGGCGACCUGCAGAAUUGAAGAUCAGUUUUACUGAGUUUGUACCGAGAGUUUCCCAAAUUUUGUUGUAGGCUGAUGACCCAAUCCUAGCAUACACUUUAGGAAUAAGCAGUCUCAACAUAAUUAGGUCCAUCAUUCAGCAAUUUCGAUACAGCGCCUGGGAUUCGACGAGUUUACACGAUGAGUAUGGCUUGUAACUGGCCUUCUCAAGGUAGCCUUGGAUCUCCCCGGGCCUCUUGCCAUCCCAUUCACCCAAUCGAGAUUCUGCAGUCUCCAACCUUUUCUGGAAGUUCUCAAUCUGUAACCUCUGUUGUAGAGAUAGCAUACGCCACAAGACAAGGUCUUUGUGAACACAGUCGUCUAACAAACAGCAAGUUGUGUGGAUUGGCAUCUAAAUAACCGCCUCUGGUCAAGUAACAGCAGGUGUUCCGCAGUUUCCAGGAACAUACUUUGUUUCUGUCACAGCCAGGCGGUGAAUAGUAAAGCCAAUUCAACACAUACGGGAGAAGAUGGGUCGAUAUUUGUAUUUGGCAGGGUGUCCAGAUUUCACCCAUCAGUCUCUCACUUGCUUGUAUGUCCCUGACGUGCUUCAAAAUUUUGCGCGGGGAAUCAUCAAUAUACUUACCAUUUGUAAAGUCUGCUUCCGGUGUUCUGUUUCCACUACUUGAAGUUUCUUGUUUACUUGCUGGGCUUGAUAGUCGGCAUUAUCUGCC